UCCAAGUGAGCUAAAUGUUGCAGACAUUACAUCAAGAGGAGCAUGUCCUGAGCACCUCCAAGAGGACUCACAGUGGCAAAAUGGACCAAAAUUUUUGUUGCAACCUAUUGACCAAUGGCCAAAAAGAUCUGCCAAAGACAUUGCUAUAAGUGCAAAGGAAGGGGUUGAAAAACUCCAAAGAAAAGCUUUCUCAGCAGUAAUAACUAGAGCACAGUCUAAGCAAACUACAGAAACAUUGUGUGAUGAGGAGAUGACAAAGAAUGCUCUAAAAGCUACAAAGUGUAAGGAAAGGGACAGGGAGCUCAAAAUCUCACCUCUUACAUUCAUUGCCAAGCAGUUAAUUCAAGAGAGAAGAUACAGCAGUCUUUCUAAACUAGUCAGAGUUAUUGCAUGGGUGAGAAGAGCUGUUGAAAACUGGAAACUCACUUUAGAAAGUCACCAUAGUGGCAGAAAAGUGAAAAAAAAAAAUUUCAACAGACAUCAAACAAUUAACCAUCCAUCCCGGGCUUAGUAUUAAAGAGUGUGAGAAUGCACUGAGAGAGGUUUUUCUGGCUGCACAAGAGAAUACCUCAUUUCAUGACACAACUUUAAACAGACUAGUUGUGUUUAAAGAACAAGAUUCUGGACUUCAGGUCUGUGGGGGUCGUAUUCAAUCCUUUAAUGAAGACAAAAGAGCUGUUCCCAUUUUACCAUAUGACUCAUGGGUAUCCAUAUUGGUUGCUCUUGAAGCUCAUGAAGUAAAUCAUGAAGGCAUUGCUGGAACAUUACUGCAGAUGAGGAAAAAAGCAUGGGUGGUCAGAGGCAGAAGAUUGGCUAAAAAAGUUGUGGAUAACUGUGUGACGUGCCGGAAAAUCAGGGCAAAAAGAUGCGAACAGAUAAUGGGUGAUCUUCCACCAGAACGAACACUGCCUGCCAGACCAUUUGAGUUUACUACUAUUGAUCUAUUUGGACCUUAUGAAGUGAGGGAUGAGGCCCGGAAAAGAGUUAAACUGAAAGUGUGGGGCAUCAUCUUCUGUUGCAUGUCAUCUAGAGCUAUUCACACAGAUCUUGUAAGCGAUCAGUCAAGUGAAGGCUUUUUGUUAGCAUACCAAAGAUUUACAGCCUUAAGAGGACAUCCAAGGAAGUUAUGGUCAGAUGGCGGAAAAAACUUUAUUGGAGCUAAACCUGUCCUGGUUGAUCUUUAUCUGUUUUUGGACCAACUAAACAAAGAGCAAAUUCAACAUGAAGCUUUGGAACAUGGAACUGAAUGGAGCUGGAAAAUACACCCUGCAGACUCCCCCCAUAGGAAUGGGGCAGCAGAAGCAGCUGUAAAGAUAGUCAAACAAGCAUUGCACAAUCUAGGAUCAGAUGGAGUUUUUACAUGGAGUGAAUUCCAAACAUUCCUGUAUAUGGCAGCUAAUCUGGCUAAUGAAAGACCAAUAGAUGCAAGAACUCAAAGUCGAGAAGAUUGCAUAAGCUACAUCACGCCAAACUCUCUGCUGCUUGGAAGAACUGAUCUAAAAAGUGAUAACUGUGGAUUUGACUUUAAAAGUUAUCCACUCAAGAGAUUAAAGUUCAUUCAAACAGAAGUGGACAGAUUCUGGAGAAAAUGGAGUCAACUAGCUGGACCAAAUUUGUUUGUCAGAAGUAAAUGGCAUUCAAAGAAGCGAAAUGUUGCUGUCGGAGAUAUUAUUUGGCUUGCAGACCAAAAUGCUUUAAGAAGUCAGUACAAACUUGGCAGAGUGAUCAGUGUAAACAGUGACGGAAAGGGGACUGUAAGAGAUGUACAUGUACGAACUUAUCCAAGUUACCCUGUACCACUUGUGAGAGCUAGAGAACAAACGAGGAGGACGAGGAAGGAACUUCAAAUGAAGAUACCCUCAACAAUACUUCACAGAGAUGUAAGGCGCAUUGUUGUGUUAUUGCCAAUAGAAGAGCAAGAAAACCCUACUGGGACAAGAUCUGGUGAAGAGAGAGAGGCGUGACCUCCUUGGGUUCAAAAAACCAGGAGCUCAAGUGGGAGGUGUCAAGUUAAACAGCAAAUGGUGUAUUUGUAUGAGUGCAAUACCAUCUCCACCCAGCUGGCACGUGGCUCACAGAAAAUCAAGCACACCCGUCUCUCCCACUCAGGCCUUCAGGAGCCUAUAAAGCAACUCAGCACACCUGUGUUUGAGAUAAUCUCUACAAACAAAGAUCUCAUCUUCAAGCUCCUGCAGAACACCACUGGUUUUCAACCUGCUCAGGUGUCAUGAAAGAACAGUGAUUUAAA